CCCGUUUUAGCCGCAAGAGCAAACAGCGGCAGCCAUCCUUGCACCGAUGGCGAGCCCGGCGACGGUCGAGCAAGAUGUCCUGGCUGUCGACAUUGGUAGCAUUGACAUGAGUACCGUGACUGGACUCCAGACGACCGCGACGACGAGUCGCCUUCCGCUGGCGAUGGGGCCUCGCCGCGUACUAGUACCAGACUUUGGACGGACGAGCCUGCGUCGGCGCAGUGGCGAGGCCUCGGCCCACGUGAGCCGCCGCAUAUCCGAAAUUGCACGGCAGGCCGGUUCGCUCGGGCGCAGUGCGUUUACGCUCCGGCGCAUCUCGAUGGUGUCGUCGACGGACCUCAAGAUCGACGCCCUCACGUCACGCGAGGUUGCGACGACAUACGUGCUGUUCCACCUCGCGCUUGCGCUCGGGAUGCUUCUUAGUCUCACAACUGUGCUCUUCUGGCUCAACUCGGACAACAGCGCGAGUGUCGCCGCCGCGGGCGAAGGGCUCUGGUUCGUCAUCAGCAUCGGCCACUACGCGAGCUAUGUCUUCAUCUCGGUUGCUUGCGGUGUCUUUGCGCGCCGUAUUUACGUCCUUCCCGCGCGCCAGCCCGUUCAGGAGACAAUGGCGUACAUUGCAAGCACGUAUGGCGUCAUCACGCUUGGCGAGUUCAUCGUAGAAGCAUCACUCUCUGUGCGCGCCGGCCACGUGUGGAGCACGUGCCACGGCAGUGGCGACGUCGAGCCCGUGAGCUUGGUCGUUCGCAACGUCCUCAACGCCAUCCAGGCUACGGUCUUCUACGUUGUGCUCACAAAGGUCUGCAGCUGCUUCCGCGUGAGCGAGGCCACGCACCACGCAACCCGAGUCACAGACAUUGGAACAUCGGCCACCAUGUUCCUCGUCUACAUCGGGCUCCGUGUCUACCUCGGCGUGGUCAACGGCAUCAUCCUGGACUACGUGCCCAUGACCAACGCCAUCACGACAAUUCGGCUCCGGUACUUGGAGGAAGGCAGCGCGACCGUGACACCACCGCUCCGCGUCGUGACAGCAACCUUGGUCGUGACAGCGUGCGACGUUGGCUUCUCGCUCUGGGCGUGGGCCGAGAUUGCAGCCGUGCGCCGGUCGUUCCGCGAGACUUUCGUGCGCAACCUCUCCAAGCUCCUCAUCGCUUUCAACUUUUUCAUGUACUACAACGCACAGAUGAUCUUGGUACUCGUCCUGAGCGGCCACCUCGUCGCAUGGCUCCUCCCCAUCAACUACUACAGCGCCGACGGUACUGCGCUUCGCUGCACGGGCAGCCUCGCCGUCACGUUCGGACUCAAGCUCACCAUCGCAGGCUGGCUCGUCACGGCCAUGUACGCCUGCCUGCCGACGGACGCCGUCGGUCUUCGCGGUUGGUUUGUAUCGUCGCCCAACGCGCUCGCGGCCCCGACGCACCGCAUUCGGUACUUUUGCCACGCCUCGGACGUGCACCAAACCGCCAACUUUCGCCUCGUCGACAUGCUCCAGAACACGCUCGUGAUCGAGCCGCGCCAUUUUGUGCUGGAGGACCAGAUCGAGAUGUUCAAUUUUGCAUACCUUGCGUACGCGUGUGGCAACAAGGACUACUCGCAGGACUUUCUGCAUCUCCACAGGAUGAUUGGCAGCGCCGAGUUUGCGCUGGCAGACCACCUCCACGACCCGAAGAGCGACACGCACUGCCUCAUUGCGCACUCGACCGACAAGAUCAUCGUCGCCUUCCGCGGCUCGAUGAGCUGGAAAAACUACAAGACGGACCUCAAUGCCUCCAAGCACAUGUGUGUCGACUACAACUUGCUUCCGGCCGCGAGCGACGACAAGAGGCCGCGCUUCGUGCCACACAACAUCUCUCGCCCCAACUUUUGCAAAGCUAAGACGCCGUGGGUCCACGGUGGCUUUUGGGACGCGUACCAAUCCGUAGCCGACCGCGUCCUCGCUCGCCUCGAAACAAUGAACGAAGAAAACCCGCGCAGCAUGUACUUUACCGGUCAUAGUCUUGGCGGUGCGCUCGCCACGCUCUGCAGUCUCGACGUGGCCUUCAAGUACGGUGCGUCGCGCGUCGCGUGCACAACCUUUGGGUGUCCGCGCGUCGGCGGCAAUGCGUACAAGCGCGUCUACAACGCCCGUGUACCGGCCAACUUUCGCUUCGUGAACGCCCAGGACCCCGUGUGCCACACGCCGCUGCGGACACUGUGGGACUCGUUCACUGAAGUCGGCACGACCGUCGUCCUCGAUCGGCUUGGGAACCUGGUUGUGGACCCAAACCUGCUCGAGUACGACUUACUGAACCGCGGCAUUUCGGGCGAUGCGCACCGCCUCACGUCGUACCAAAUGGCGCUCUUUCUGUGGUGCAAACGAGCCCACCCGCGGCGGUUCGAGCCCAAGUUCUGGUCGCACUCGCUCCAGAAGCUGCGCGAACACCACGGCCACGUGCCCGAGGUGCUGCACUACCUGCACAAGCGAUCGCUCUUUGUACGCACAGCCAAUGACGCCGACGACGACCGAGUCUUGACGGAAAUCACGACGACUGUGCUCCCCACGCGCAAGACGCUCGGGCUGUUCCAGCGCCCCGUGAUUUGCUUUGCGACGAACGACACGAUCGAGGCCCUUGUCGCCGCGCACCUCGUGCCCUCCGAAGCCGACGCCGUCGAGGUCGGCCGCGUCCUGCUUGUGAAAGGCGCUAUCCACAUGGUCGACGACCCCCAAGUGUUUCGGCACGAUGCGUACUUUACGAUUGUCAAGCGGCCAGCGAAAGUGGCCCCCGCCGAGAGUCGCUCGACAAUGCCAGAGAAAACGACCGUGUCCUCCAACGAUGCAUGAGAGAUGAAGUAUCAAACUAUCAACGGUUGUCGCUCCUUCGUCA